AUGAGUGUGAAUGUCCUCACUGGAUGCCACUAUGGAUCCUCUGCCCCCCCUUACUGUACCAUCGGCCCCCACGUGCAUAACCCAUCUCCCCAGCUUCUCUGCCCAGAACUUAGAAGCCCAUGGGAAACGGCAGUCCUAAAAAAGGAGGGGUUUGUGGCACAGGGGUCUGUGGUAAUUAGAGCCCAGGAGUGUCACAAGAUGAGCAAUACAUCUUCACCUGCGGCUGACUCACCUGGUGCCCCAGGUAUAAAAGGCACCCAGAUAACAGGUAGGGAAGGAGGAGAGAGAAGGAAGCAUCCAGGCUGA